CAGUCCGGUCGUAAUCGUAUAGGUUUUCUUGGGAAGAUAACUUUGACAGUAACUGCAACCUGCAACUUCCUCGACAAGAUCUUUGCUCUAUUGAUCUCCAAACCCUAAUUUUCCCAUAUCUGAUUCCGAUCCCGGCAAUGUCGAAGGAAUUCAACGUGCCUCCGGUCGUUUUUCCCUCCGGUGGCAAUGCGGCCCCCACUGCCCCUACUCAGCGCCGUCCCACCGCCCCUUUCCAACCACCGCGUGCCUCCAGUCCUAUCCCCUUCAUGUCCUUCGAGGUCGGUCCCGCUUCCUUCUCCACUCCAGCUACCGCUGCUACCACAUCCACCGUUGGUGGCUCUGGCUAUGCCAAUUUCGAUGACGAGCCACCUCUGCUUGAAGAGCUCGGCAUCAACACGAGGCAAAUCUGGAGCAAAACAGUUUCAAUUCUUAAUCCAUUUCGUGUGAAUUCGGAUCUCCACGAGGACCCAGAUCUGUCAGGGCCGUUUCUGUUUUUCAUGGCUUUUGGAUUGUUUCAAUUGCUAGCUGGGAAGAUCCAUUUUGGGAUCAUCUUGGGUUGGGUUACUGUUGCUGCUUUGUAUUUGUACGUUGUUUUCAAUAUGUUGGCGGGGCGCAAUGGGACACUGGAUUUGUAUAGGUGCCUGAGCUUGAUUGGAUAUUGCAUGUUGCCAAUGGUAAUCUUGUCAGCAAUCUCACUGUUCUUGCCGCAGGCUGGAGUGGCGGUUUUUGGGAUUGCGGGAGUUGUUGUUUUCUGGUCUACGCGGGUUUGCACGAGGCUGCUUUUGGAGGUUGCAGGAUGGGAUGAGCAUCGCGGUUUGGUUGCCUAUGCUUGUUUUUUGAUUUUCAUGCUGUUUGCACUGCUGGUUAUUUUUGAAUAAGAAUGAUGGCUAGUUUUAUUGGCUCAAAUUUAUCUGGAAAUAGCUGAUAUGUUUUGUUGUUCAAAGUUCAAACAUUAUUUGUCCCCUGAUUGAUAUGGUUGACAUUAACAUGAUAAUGCAAGUUCUCUGUGUUAUAUUU